ACGCAGCUGCAGUAGGUCCACCAUCCUCGGUGGUGUGCGGUGAGCGGUCAGCUACCUGGCAGCUAUGGCACCCGGCCCUGGAAGCGACCCUAGACGCGCACUGCUCAGACCAGUCCACUGUAGCCAGGAUCGCUGGGGCAUUGAACGCGCUCAUUGACAAGAUGAGGGAGGGAGUAUAUCAGGGCACACUUCGCGUAGUGAGUCGCUACAUGGCUAUGUGCGCUCUACGAAGGCGCGCACACCGAUGCGCCGCGUAUGCGCAAACGCAUGCUCGUGUGUGCGUGUCAGCGCACGCGCCGCACCACCUGCUGCUCAUACUGGAUGAAGUUAGAGAGUCUCAACCGAGAGAUGAAGGCAGGCUCCGGUCCAGCGUACUCCAGGAGACAGCUGCGGUACCUAUGGCGAGUGGCCAACGAACUAGUCCGGUGCAAGAACAUGGUGGUUUGUACUUGUGGCGAGUGGCCAAUGAGCUGAUGCGGUGCAAGAACAUGGUGGUUUGCGAAAGCCACAGCAAUUUCCGCGCCAACCUGAUCCAGGCGACGGCUCCAGGGGACGAGCCUAUAGAAGAACUGAUCCACAUCCUUGCCAUCGCUCUGGACCAAGCUCGAGACCUUUACUUGAACACCUUGCAGUAUAGAAGCUUAGGCGAGUUCGACAGGGAACUGUUUCAGUACAGGUCCAAAAAGUGGAAUAAACUCAAAGAAUACUACGAUGCGUCAUCCGCUUGCCUCAUAGACGCGGUCCGAAGAGACCCCGACCUCCGAAGAGAAGACCUGAAAGACCCCCUCAACAUCAUGAAGAACAUCCUCCACUGGCUACACAAAGGAGCGAAAGAUGAUAAAAAAUACUUGGGACCAGUUCUAAAGCCAUAUUUGGAUGGUCUUUUCACAAGUUCUUUGGAGAACUCCUGGUUUUUGGAGGACUUUGACGCGAAAUGCUGUGAGAAGGAGUUUGAGGGGCUGAAGGAGUAUUGCGUGGGGGUACAUGAUGGGAAUAUUGAGCCAUGUAUGGGGUUGCUGGAUGCAGCGAAGAGAAUGGCGUGGGCUAAGGCAAUGGUGGACUUUGUGGACCGGUUUCGGCAUGUUGAUUUCCGCCUAGUAUUCCCAACGGGUGACGGCAUGGCGAUCUCCUACCCCAUCAGGCUGCCGACGCGCCGCGAGCUUAGUUCAGCUCGCACCCUGACUCUUAGCAGGAGGGAUAAGGUGGAAGCCAAGCUGCGGCUUGCGAGGAGAUGUGUGCUGGCUGCCUUUAGCACAGCUCUGGUGGGAGAUCACAGGGUAAAACCAAGAAAGAUCACCCGCCACGAGAGCACAGAUGAGAUCCUAGCUAGCGUCAAAUCUGGCAACUACUGGCGGAACAACACCAAGCCAGACAUCAUCCCUUCCACCUCCAUACAGGACAUCAGCAAAGACGACCUUCCCAGAGUCAGAAGACGGUCCCGUAGAAGUCGUCCCGUCACUUCUUAUGGGUUUCCAGAAAUUUCUUUGACAGACCAAGGGGAUACGAAGACCAUGAGACGGAAGUACCAUACGCUGAAGAGUUUGGUGUAUACGGAGCCGGUAGAGAGUAUCAGAGAGUUGAGAGAAAGGCCCCGGUCUGCUGGGUCUACUGUCAGGAAUAAGGAGGUGUUGACCAGGCCAAGCCUUUUGGAGACUUUGGACUUCAUUAAUAGCGUGAAGGAUGCGUUGUGCGUGGAAGAAUCAGGCGCAUCAGAUGCUGAAGACUCUGGCUGGUCUGCGCAAGAGGAAUGGCUGGCUGGGCAGACAGCACCACUAAACUUGCUGGUGGCAAGGUCAGGGUCGCACACGCUCCACCUGCUGCUAGGCGACUUGGUUCUAGCUUUGCUGCAGAGGGGAAGGUUUACGAUUCUUCAAGAACUAUGCUCGUGGCUCGGCGAUGCCAGUGAAGGCGCGUUGUUCGCGUUACACCGUCUAGCGCGGGCUGCUCGGUCGAGGAGCAGUGAAAGGGCCACUACGUCAUGGAAGCUUCCAGAAGCCGAAGGAACAGCUCCAGCUCCGCCACAGAAGUACAGCGUCCGUUCUCCGGACUACGUAUCUGGAGAUGAAGGACCACCACCACCACCGCCUCUGCCCAGGCAUAGCAGCAGGCACAAACAGGUACAGUUGCAUGAUCCCUGCUAGAUCAUGGUAGAAGGAUCAAGGUAAGAGAGAAAGCUACUAUACCCGCUCUCCCGAUUACGCGUCCCGUGAGCAGAGCCCACAAUCUACCGCCGCUGUCCAGUUACAAGAUCCCUGCUGGAUUAUGAAAUCUUCUAGAAGCCGAAGGAACAGGAGAGCUACUACGAAACGCUGUUUAAGUAGUUUCGGUUCUAUCUGUCACCAUCGCUUAUACACUGGCACCUCGCUCUGCGUGAGAGGGAUGGUAACAUUCGAAACUUCGGAUAACGUUUUUCGGAGUA